ACUUGAACAUAGGCCUAGCUGGUAAAAUGGUGUCCAUGACUAGCCUGUGUGUUGUUAUUUUAUUAUUUCAAGUAUUGCAGAUAAAAGCCCAAAUGAAAAAUGUUGCCUUAAAUAAAGCAACCGACCAGAGUUAUACAUAUCGUGCGGCUGUAUCAUCUAGAGCUGUAGAUGGUAAUACUGAUGCUGAAUUUAAUAGAGGAUCGUGUACUCAUACACAGCUUGUUUCACCUGGUUGGUGGUGUGUUGAUUUACAAUACAUCUUCAGAAUCACCAAUAUUACAAUAUAUAAUAGAAACAACAAUCAACAAAGAUUACAAGCGUUUGAGAUAAGGCUACGUUCUGAUAAUCAGUGUAAUGGACAAGGACUUGUAUCAGCUACAUCAUGUUAUAUAAAUACACCACCAACAGUACAAGAUGUAUAUACUAUAGAUAGAUGUAAUCAACAACCAUCUACAUCUUUAUCUGCUAGAACAGUGUUUAUUAAUACUACCGAUACACUUACAUUGUGUGAAGUUGAAAUAUACACAGCCCAAAUUAAAAAUGUGGCCUUAAAUAAAGCAAGCGACCAGAGUUAUACAUAUCGUGCGGCUGUAUCAUCUAGAGCUGUAGAUGGUAAUACUGAUGCUGAAUUUAAUAGAGGAUCGUGUACUCAUACACAGCUUGUUUCUCCUGGUUGGUGGUGUGUUGAUUUACAAUACAUCUUCAGUAUCACCAACAUUACAAUAUAUAACAGAAAUAACAAUCAACAAAGAUUACAAGCGUUUGAGAUAAGGCUACGUUCUGAUAAUCAGUGUAAUGGACAAGGACUUGUAUCAGCUACAUCAUGUUAUGUAAAUACACCACCAACAGUACAAGAUGUAUAUACUAUAGAUAGAUGUAAUCAACAACCAUCUACAUCUUUAUCUGCUAGAACAGUGUUUAUUAAUACUACCGAUACACUUACUUUGUGUGAAGUUGAAAUAUACGCAGGUUGUAGAGUUGAUGAAAACUGUCAAUCUUGUAAUACAACAACAGGUAUCUGUGCCUCAUGUAAAGCUCGUUGGUUUGGUACACAGUGUCUACAGCAGUGUUCUACAUGUAUGGUGUUAUGUGAUAAAUCAAAUGGUAUUUGUAAUGGCGGAUGUAUUGAUGGUUAUUGGGAUAACUCGUGUCAACAACAAUGUUCUAAUAACUGUGAUAAUGGAGGAUGUAGACAGGUAGAUGGUUAUUGUAAUGGUGGAUGUAUUGAUGGUUAUUGGGAUAACUCAUGUCAACAACAAUGUUCUAAUAACUGUGAUAAUGGAGGAUGUAGACAGGUAGAUGGUUAUUGUAAUGGUGGAUGUAUUGAUGGUUAUUGGGAUAACUCAUGUCAACAACAAUGUUCUAAUAACUGUAAUAAUGGAGGAUGUAGACAGGUAGAUGGUUAUUGUAAUAAUGGUUGUAAAGUAGGAUGGUAUGGAGAUAAAUGUGAUAAAACAUGUAAUUGCUCUCAAAGUAAGAUAUAUAUAUACUAACAAUUUGCAUUUACUGUUUCAUGAAUAUAACCAAGACACGUAGGUUUAAUUCUGAAUAAUAGUGAAACCGAUACUGUUUUCAAACUGUCUACUGAGCUCUUCUAUGUUGGAAAUCUUGUUGAAUCUACUCUAUAUGUAGCAAAUGCUCUCUAUUUGAGGCAUCCCCGAUUCAAAUAUUCCCGAAAGUCAUCUGAUACUUCGGCGAGAAAUGCCCCGGAGGAAACUGUUUUCGCGGAAGCACCAGGGAAGCAGUCCCGAAGCUUCCCCGUGGAUCUGGAAAGCUCCGGGGAUGCAAGCAUUGAAAUUUUUCGCAGUUCUCCAGAGGCGAUGUUCUACCGAUAGUCCCACAUGGCUCACGACGUUACCGACGCCUCCCGAGGCUCAUCAAUUUCCAUCGGUAGUAGUAGUUCGUGGAUUUUUAAAAAAUAAUGCAGCAUUUACUGGCAGCACGUAUUCCGAAAUGUUUUCCGCGUUCCAUAUACAUGUACAUGUAUUCCAAUUUCGAUAAUCCGAUUGUCCAUGAAAUUCAGUUUUAUUUCCACAAUUUUCUAACUUUUUGGUUACAUCUGGGUUCACGGAAAAUCAGUGCUGAUAACUUUGAAUUCCAAAGAUAUUGAGAAGAGAAAGGUAAAUGUGGGAAGAUAAUAUUGAAAGGUACUAGUAUAAUACAUUGGAAGUAAUGUCUGGUAGGAAUGUAUGACUUGAAGGAUCGUGAAAUGGAAGGAGUAUUGUAAAAUAAGUAUUGGACGUUGUGCAUGGGAUGGUAAGCAAUUGAACAAUAAAUAAGGAAAGCUAAAUAUUUGUAAGUAAGUAUUAGAACAAAUUAUUGAAAUUGUUGAAGGUCGCUCAGACAAGGGCGAUCUUAAAUGUGAAUGACUUUCAUUAAUAACAACAGGUCAUGCAUUGCCUGCCAGUCCAUUUGGUAAUUUUGAGAUUAUGUUUAUUCAUGAACACGAUUGUCAUAAAAAGUGUGGUAAUGUUGCGGUAUUACGCGCUUUAAAUCUUGUAAAUCUUGACUUGUGCCGACUAUAAUGGAAGUGGAGCUUGGUACAAAUCGUCAUAGAAAUAUAGUUGAUACAGGACACUUCAGAACAUGAAUAUCUUUAUCUUUGGGGUCUGUUGAUGUUCCUCCUGGGUGUAUCGACGGUAUAUUAAAAAUAUUAAGCUGCUGAAGACUUUGAAGAAGGUUCUGAUAGACUCUAUUAUAUCUCCUUUGAUGACAGGUGGGUGAUUUUUAUUGAUUCUAGUUUUGUGAUCUGCUUUUAUUACUGCUGUGUGAUCUGGUUGGUUGACUGAAGUUGAGUGGUAUGCUUGGAUGCUAGUUUUGUGACCUCUUUGGGCGACCUCUUUUGAUGGAAGUUGUAUGAUCUCUUUGCAUGGUUACAUUUGUUGCUUGCUUUGUGAUAUCCGUGAAUGACUGUCAUGAGAUGUCAAGUUGCUUGACCUCAUUGGGUGAAUGUUGGAUGAUUUCGUUUGAUGUUAGUUCUAUGAUCUCCUUGGUAGCUAUUCAUUGACUGUAUUUGUUGCUGAGUAUGUGAUAUCCAUGAAUGAUUGUCAGAAGAUCCCCUAGGAUGGCUGUUUGAUGAUCUAUGUUCGUGCAAGUUGUGUGAUUUCCUUGGGUGAGUGUGGGGUGCUCUCUUUGGAUUCCGGUUGUGUGUUCCUCUUGGAUGACUAUUGGAAAAUAUCUUCCGUAUAUUGAUGACUUUUGGGGAUUUCCUUGAAGGACUGUUGUGUGACCACCUUGGAUGCUAUCAGCUGGGUUGAUUGUAGUGGGAUAGAAUUAUCUUUGUUUCAGGGAUGUUAUGGUGUUUACAUCUUUUUGCCGUAUAUUUAUUGACAUCAUCUGUUUUACAAUCGAUCUUUCGUGUUAGUGUUAAGUAGAACAGGACAAUGCGCAGGCUCACCACCAUUGUAAAUACUGCUUUCACCAGAAGUAAAUGAAUAGUAAGCGACUAAAUAUCAUUUUUCGACGCACAUUUGAAAGUGAAAUUGUCCAAGUGCUCGCACUCGUAAGUCAAAUAUUCCCUUAUAUCAAUCCGAGGGAGAGAAGGUUUAUAUCCGACAUCAUAGUUUUAAUCCUUAAAUUCAAUGGACUCUUCCAUUAAAAGUCAACAACGAUUGGAUAAUUGCUCAAUAGUUUACGCCAAAUAGCGAAAAUUUCCGAAGUAAUCACGAGAAUCUUUUCCGAUAAUUCUGAUAGUGACCCUUGAGGCUUUUCCGUAUGUUCAGAGAAGGAUUUGACGGACUGUGUUAAGUGACUAUACCCCAAAAAAUACUUUACAAAGGAACUCUUGGGCUAUUUGGACUAGAAGUCUUGGGGUAUGUGGAGAAAUAAUCGAAAUGUGGCCGAAAAGAAAAUUCUGAAUAACCGAUCUAAAUAUGCCGAUAAGUACGCCGUCUAUUUCGGUGAUGAAUGCUACAAACUGUACCAUAAAAAGUUUCUAAUUGUCAAAAGAAUAAAAAUUGAUUUCUGUGUUCUUUGUAUUAUUUCGAUCAUCAACGUCAUCAGCGGUUGAUAUGAACCGAAUAACUAUAUCAAUCUAUGAUGAUGUCAUGACAGGUUGAUAAGAGAUAUAACUUCUAUGCACAUUAAAGAAAAAACUACCGCCAGUUGUAUAUAAAUAUCAACAUGCUCUUACACACUGCACGCAUGACUAAGAUCAUUUAUUUUAAUGUCCGUGAACGAUUAUAUAUCACCCCUGCAUAAUUAUAUGACAUGAAUGUUAUUUAAAGGGUUUUGAGCAGGCCUGAGAUAGUAGAUCGUAAACUCGUGCUCUGCUACAGUUGGGCCAAUUGUGAAAUUGGUCAGCAUUCAGAUUAACCGAGGUUAUACUGUGGAAAGAAUAAGAAGAGGGAAAGAAGUUUGAGGUAAAAGAGAGAGAGAGAGAGAGAGAGAGAGAGAGAGAGAGAGAGAGAGAUGGGGUUUAACGUCCACUCGACACAAACUAGGUCAUUUCGGGACUAACAUACGGUUUAAUUUUAUUUACAUAAUUCGCUUGCGCGUAGGGGUCUUUAGCAGUGGGAGGAAACCGGAUUGAGGUAAAAGAAUAGAUUAUGUAAAGUGAAAUUAUUAUAUUACAAAAAUAUCUUGCUUAAGUUUUGAUACACAGUUUAAUUUGUUGUUUUUUGGUGCGAUAAUCGGGACAGUCAUGCAGUUACGGCCUAGAAGACUUUUCCGGGUCACCUUUUUCUGGAACAUUAAGGUCGCCUUCUAGGUAAGCACUACACAGUUCCGGUCAGUAUAUUUUCGAGAGCUUAAUUCUUGUAGCUUUAUAUUAAUUAAAAUAAUGAGAUUUUGUCAGGUUUAUUAAUCGCGAGUAAUAUAUAAAAUAUGCUAUGAAGAAACCAGUUAGCGUUACAUAUGUAGUUUAUUAUAUAUAUAUAUGUUUAAAUCAGGGUAUAUAUUAUUAUGAUGAUGUAACCAAGCGUAUCGGGCGCUGAAUAACUCAAAAGAAUAUAUUUUAAAACUAAAUUGAGAAUAGUAAGACGAUAUUGUCGUUGUACCGUAGAGCUUCAAUUGUGGGGUGACGUUGCAAAUCUGAUCCAUUUUCCCCUGAUGCGUUCUGAAUAGAAAUGAAAGGAAAUGAAUGGAGUUUAAUGUACAAUCAACACAAUACUUCGGUCAUUUUGAAACUAACACGUACCAUUAAUUUAUAGUCACGCGUGCAAUGCUAGAGAGGAGACGUUUGCCCGGGUACCGGCGUUUCCCCCCUUACUAUUCGUCAGAUUCUAGGUGUUAAAUGCUGCGCUUUUGCAACUAACAUGCAUCGACCAUUUUUAUACUCAUGCGUGCAAUGCUAGAGAGGGGAAUUUUUGCCCGGGCACUGGCGAUUUUAGAUGUUAAAUACUGCACUUUAGACCGAUGCUUUACGACGUCUUUAUACACUAAUACACCCAAAGAUAGUGCGAUUAAAUCGGUAUUUGUUACUUACUCAUAUUUAUGUUUCAGUAAAAAGUGUUGAUGAUUGUCUAAACCUGUAAACAGUCUACAAGUCAGAGUUUAUGACAGAAAUAUUACCAGAAUGGCAGAUGAAGAUAUUCCCGUUGUUUCUCUAACAGAAUAUAUGUUUUCUUGGUUUGAUAAAUAUGCUGAUGAUAUUGCCAUGGUUGAGUUAGACACAGAGAGAAGUGUGACGUAUAAAGAAUUAAAAUGUCUGAUUAUAAAAGCAUCGAAUGGUUUACAAUCUAUAGGAGUAAAAGAAGGAGAUGUUGUUUGUAUGUGUUCACCUAAUAAUAUUGAUUAUGCUGUUGUUUUCUUCGCCGUGACGUCGUUAGGUGCUAUUUUACAGGCAACAAACCCACUUUAUACAAAAGAUGAAUUGGUGGCCCAGUUUGAGAAAUGUAAAACCAAGUAUAUAGUAACAGUACCAAGUCUGGUUGAUAAAAUUAAAGAAAGUAUAAACAACAACAUUAAGGACAUAAUAGUAAUUGGCGGUGAAGACAAAUAUGAAGACUGUACAUCACUGGACAAAGUUAUCUCCCUUGGUGAAGGCAAAGAUCUCAAGAAGGCGACCUUUGACCCUAAAAAGACUGUAGCUUGUUACAUAUUUUCUAGUGGAACAACUGGUUUACCUAAAGCUGUUAUGUUAUCACAUUACAAUGUAAUCGCCAAUCUCGCACAAUUAAGAGCCUUGGACCUAGAUAAAGAAGAUUCUGUUUUAUUAUUUUUACCACUGUUUCACAUAUACGGAUUGGUUGCUAUUACUGCAAGUGUUCUAACGUAUGGGUCGAAAUUGGUGUUAAUGUCCAGAUUCUUCCCUUUGCCAUAUAUGGAAGCUGUUCAAAAAUAUCAGAUAAAAAUACUGCACAUGGUUCCUCCAGUAAUGGUUUUAUUAGCAAAAUUACCAGAAACUAAAAAUUAUGAUCUAACGUGUGUUAAAAAAGUCGUCUGUGGAGCGGCUCCUCUUAGUGUGGCUAUUGAAGACCAAGUGAAAGAUAUUUUCAAGGUCAACUACAUUAGUCAAGGAUAUGGUAUGUCUGAAUGUAUGGUAACUCAUCUAGACACAGAAGAGAAUCAUAAAUUCGGUUCAGUUGGACAAGCUAUAAAGGGAAUCAAAACAAAGAUUAUUGAUACAAAGACAGGAGAACCACUUGGUGUAAAUCAAGAUGGAGAAGUUUGUAUCCAAGGACCACAGAUAAUGCUGGGAUAUUUGGAUCAACCAGACGCAACAGCAGCUAUUAUUGAUAGUGAUGGGUGGAUAAAAACAGGUGAUGUGGGCCACGUAGACGAAGAUGGUUAUCUAUUUAUAAUUGAUAGAAUAAAAGAAUUGAUUAAAUAUAAAGGUUUCCAGGUGGCACCAGCGGAAUUAGAAGCUUUACUACUAAAACACCCCGAUAUUGCUGACGUAGGUGUUAUUGGUGUACCUGAUAUUGAGGCUGGGGAACUCCCGAAAGCCUUUGUGGUUUUGAAGAAGGGUGUACAGUUAACUGCCGAAGAAAUACAAGAUUUUGUUCACAAACAAGUGGCUCCUCACAAGAAACUUAGAGGCGGUGUUGAAUUCCUGGAACAAAUUCCAAAAAGUGCUAGCGGGAAAAUUCUUAGACGUAUUUUGAGAGACAGAUCAUAACAUUUAAUUGAUAAUUAUAUAUUUAGUACUCAAAACAUUAAUAUAUUGUGCUCAUUUAUUGUUUAUUUUCUUUGCUCGGUUUUUGAGAAAUGAAGAUUACCGAAAAUUAUAAUAUAAAUCGCUAAGUUACUUGUUUAUUUACUUAAUACGUAUGUAAUUAAUAUCGUAAUUUAUAUUUACUGGUAAUAAUAUACAUAUAUACAUAUGCGCUCAGUUAUUUGUUUAUUGUUUAUUUACUUAAUACAUAUUUUCUGGUAAUAAUAUACAUAUACAAACUAUUUAAGGUGUUUUCACAAAUUCUCCAUAGUUUGCCAAACUAUUGUCAUGCCUCUCUAUACAAUACCGAUUUGAUACCGAAAUGCCUGAUCUACGGUGGGAGCCACAAUGGCUGAGGAAGACGCUGACUCGCUAUUUGUAGUAUGGUCGGCUGCUUGUUUAGGAUAUGAUAAAUGCAGUCAAGGUUGCCGUGGCUUAACUGUGUAACUGGGACAUGUAAUCUUAUGAGAGCAUAACAGUUUAUAAGUGUUGGUUAAAAUGGCGGAAAUACAAGUCCCUAUUGUAUCUCUUACGGAAUAUAUGUUUUCUUGGUUUGAUAAAUUUCCAGAUAAUGUGGCUCUGGUAAGUUG